AGGAUUUGUGUCCAAGGCUGCCACAUCACGCGGUGCGCUGAACGGCACUUUCCGCAACCUCUUCGCUUCUUCGCGCUUUCCCGUCUUUGUGCUUCAAACCCGUCUAAGCCAUGCGUGAGGCCAUCUGCAUCCACAUUGGUCAGGGUGGUGUCCAAAUCGGCAAUGCUUGCUGGGAGCUCUUCUGCCUUGAGCAUGGUAUCCAGCCGGAUGGUCAGAUGCCAAGCGACAAGACCAUUGGCGGUGGUGAUGAUGCCUUCAACACGUUCUUCUCAGAGACGGGCGCGGGCAAGCAUGUCCCGCGAUGUGUCAUGGUUGACCUCGAGCCAACUGUCGUCGACGAGGUCCGCACUGGCACCUACCGCCAGCUGUUCCACCCUGAGCAGCUGAUCUCCGGAAAAGAAGAUGCCGCCAACAACUUUGCACGUGGGCAUUACACCAUCGGGAAGGAGAUUGUCGACCUGGUCUUGGACAGGAUCAGGAAGUUGGCUGACAACUGCACCGGUCUGCAAGGUUUUUGUGUCUACAAUGCUUGCGGUGGUGGCACUGGCUCCGGCCUUGGCUGCCUCAUGUUGGAGCGACUUUCUGUGGACUACGGCAAGAAGAGCAAGAUCUCCUUCACAGUCUGGUGCUGCCCGCAAGUCGCCACAGCAGUCGUGGAACCGUACAACACCGUGUUGUGCGUGCAUUCUUUGCUUGAACACACAGAUGUGACGAUCAUGUACGACAACGAAGCGCUGUACGACAUUUGUCGCCGCAAUCUGGACAUUGAGCGUCCAACCUACACCAACCUGAACAGGUUGAUUGCGCAGAUCAUCUCUUCGUUGACGGCCUCCCUCCGCUUUGAUGGAGCCUUGAACGUGGACAUCACUGAGUUCCAGACCAAUUUGGUGCCCUACCCCAGGAUCCACUUCAUGUUGACCUCCUAUGCGCCGGUGAUCAGUGCCGAGAAGGCCUACCAUGAGCAGCUCUCAGUGGCGGAGAUCACCAUGUCCGUCUUCGAGCCGGCGUCGAUGAUGGUGAAGUGCGACCCUCGCCAUGGGACACUUGGACUUCAGUGA